AUGUCUCCGGCGCUCCCGUGCAGGGGGUUGAGGGCCGCCGUGGCUGCCAGCGCGGGGCUGAGCGAGGGGCCGGCGGGCUCCGCCCGGACCGGCCUCCGCCUCCUCCCGCCGAGCCCCGCGCCGGGCGCCCGGCGGCUGCGGCUCCCGGGGAGCGGGGCCGCGCGCGCCGCGAGCCCGGAGCGCGCCGGCUGGAGCGAGGCGCUGCGGGCCGCCGUGGCCGCGCUGCGCGCCGGCGCCGUGGUGGCCGUCCCCACCGACACGCUGUACGGCCUGGCCUGCUCGGCGAGCUGCCCGGCGGCGCUGGCCGCCGUGUACCGCCUCAAGGGCCGCAGCCAGGCCAAGCCGCUGGCCGUGUGCCUGGGCCGCGUGGCCGACGUCUACAGGUACUGCCGCGUGAGCGUGCCCGACGGGCUGCUGCGAGACCUCCUGCCCGGGCCCGUGACGCUGGUGAUGGAGCGUUCGGACGAGCUGCACGAGGACCUGAACCCCUUCACGCGCCUGGUGGGCGUCCGCAUCCCCGAGCACGCCUUCAUGCAGGACCUGGCCGGCGCCUUCGGGGGCCCCAUCGCGCUCACCAGCGCCAACCUCAGCGCCCAGGCCAGCUCCCUGACCGUGGAGGAGUUCCAGGACCUCUGGCCUCACUUGGCCCUGGUCAUCGAUGGAGGGCCAAUCGGGGAUAGCCAGAGCCCCGUGUGUCGCCUAGGCUCCACUGUGGUUGACCUGUCUGUUCCUGGAAAAUUCAGCAUCAUACGGCCUGGCUGUGCCCUGGAAAGAACUACAGCCAUCCUCCAACAGAAGUACAGCCUGCUCCCCUCACACGAACCCUGCUCGUGAGGAAGAGCAUGCUCAGGAUGGUGUGGACACUGUGUGUCUGUCUGCUGGUAGUCGGCAAGGCCUCGUUUGCAGAGGUUACUGGGGCUACCCCGCCAGUCACCUGACCCUUGAACUCUUCCUAAACCCUGGAGACCAAACCCCAGAAAUGACGGGGUUAGCCACAUGUCACCUGGCAGAGGCUGUAUUUAUUAUCCGUAAUUUCUUAUAUUGGCCAAAAGCUAAAUAGAAACUUUCAAAGAUUCCUAAGGUGGCCUUCUUUUGAUCAUUUCCUCUUGGCUUUUAAGAAAUAACAGUUUCUUGAGGAGAGGGAGGUAUUGGUCCACACCCAGCAGUGCUCAGGGUGCCGGGUUGAGAGGUGGGUGGGGAACGUCAAACCUGGUCGGCUGCAUGCAAGGCAAGCAUCUGUCUCCUGUUGAACAAGGGUUUGCCCUGUUUGGAAUCUAAUGAGAACUGCUCGGUAGGAGUAACAUUGGAGGUCCCCAUCAACUGGAAUAGCAGCUGACAGUGUUUGAAGUUUCAAGGGACCAAAGACAUAGUUUGUGGUCUUGAAACUGGAGCCAGGUUGGGAUAAAUACCGUGGGGCCACAAGCCAAACGGCCUUUCCUCGAACCCAGAGACCUGGUGGUACCGUGUGCUGUCACUGCUGAGAGUCACCGUAUUGGUCUGCUCAGCUGGCAGGGUCAGAACAGGACAGAGAAGGAAUUCUAGUUAGAGGAUAUUUAAAAAAUAAACUAUGCUUUUUAAUGGUAAAUUUUCUUAUUUAUUCAUAAAAUAUAAGGAACAGUGCCCACAACACUCUAAUUAUUUAAACACAUUGUCUAUUUUGCUGCCUCAUCUUUAUUCAUGUUAUACCAAUUAUAAACAUAAUGAUUGGGCCGUUUGACUUUGUUCUUCUUCAAUAGAAAAUAAUGCUAUUAAACAUUCCUCAUAAGUG